UGACGUGAAGUGUUCUGUGAAUGAGUUGAGUUUGGUGUUUGCUUUUAUGUCUGUAGUACAUGGGUAUGUCAGGAGAACUUAGAGUUCAUGUUCAAUCGUCGCUUUUUCAAUUGGGCAAAACCCGAAAGCGGUGGCUAUCUGCCUGAAAUGAUCAAAUUCAAGAACGGUGCUUGUUCGUGAGUUUUGUGUGGAAAAGAUAAAAAAGGAGUAUUGCAUAGUUGUGCUAGUGCUCUUUCGUUAGUACCUGGUGAUCAUUGAUAGUUAUUUACCACACCCGGAAAAUUCUUGUGUGAAUAUGAUUCCGGACAAUGACGAUACAAUAAGUUGAAUUCAGCGAGAUGGAGAUCACUAAUGUUAUGGAAUAUGAGGAGAUCGCGAGGCAGAAAUUGCCAAAGAUGGUGUUUGACUACUAUGCGUCGGGCGCAGAAGACCAGUGGACUCUUCAGGAAAACCGAAAUGCAUUUUCCAGGAUCUUGUUCCGACCUCGCAUUCUCAUUGACGUGAGCAAGAUAGACAUGGCAACAACUGUGCUGGGUUUCAAGAUUUCGAUGCCGAUCAUGAUUGCACCAACAGCCAUGCAGAAAAUGGCUCAUCCUGAAGGAGAGUAUGCAACAGCAAGAGCAGCCUCAGCAGCAGGAACAAUUAUGACUUUGUCCUCUUUGGCUACUUCAAGUGUUGAAGAGGUUGCCUCAACGGGGCCAGGCAUCCGAUUUUUCCAGCUCUAUGUGUACAAGGACAGGAACAUCGUUGCACAGCUUGUAAGAAGAGCUGAAAGGGCUGGUUUUACAGCUAUUGUCCUGACUGUCGAUACUCCAAGGCUGGGGCGCAGGGAAGCCGAUAUCAAGAAUAGGUUCACACUGCCACCUUUCCUGACAUUGAAGAACUUUGAGGGAUUGGAUCUUGGCAAGAUGGAUAAGACCAACGACUCUGGAUUGGCGUCUUAUGUUGCCGGACAAAUUGACCGGUCUCUCAGCUGGAAGGAUGUCAAGUGGCUGCAAACAAUCACCAAGUUGCCAAUUCUAGUCAAGGGUGUGCUAACAGCGGAAGAUACUAGGCUAGCUAUAGAAUGCGGAGCUGCCGGGAUCAUAGUUUCUAAUCACGGAGCCCGACAACUCGAUUACGUCCCUGCAACAAUCAUGGCUCUGGAAGAGGUUGUGAGAGCCGCUCAAGGCAGGGUUCCUGUAUUCCUGGAUGGUGGUGUCCGUCGCGGAACGGAUGUUUUCAAAGCACUGGCUUUCGGAGCAUCCGGCAUAUUUAUCGGAAGGCCAGUACUUUUCUCGCUCGCGGCCGAAGGCGAAGCGGGCGUGAGGAAAGUGCUUCAAAUGCUUCGCGAUGAGUUCGAGCUGACCAUGGCGCUAAGCGGGUGCCGCUCGUUGAAGGAGAUCGCGCGAGACCACAUCGUCACAGAUUGGGACGCUCCGCGCAUCACUCCAAGAUUGUAAAACGGCGAUGCUCGGGGUCUUGUAGCCGGAUUGGACUGGGCACAAAGAUCAGCAUCUCAAGUUGCUGCUCUGAGGCAAUGUUGUGUUGCAGUUGUUGGGAAUUUGACAGAUGCAUUUGUUGUCUCUUUGGCAACUCAGUGCUUUUGAUCUACACUGUCAAUUGAGAAACUCAACAUUUUUCCCAUUAUUGGGCACUAAUCCAAGCCCAUAAACAAGGUUUUAUAUCAGUGUCCUUAAGCAUAAAUUUGGUCCAGGCUCUGUGAAAUAUACUAAGGUCUGGUAAUUCAUGUUUCUUUUU